UCAGAGCCAGUUCCUCCAUUUAAGAUGCUGACUUGUUUAUGUUGAAGGGACAAGUGAAUGCGUCUUGUUAGCUCGUGUACUCUACUUUUAAGGUUGUUUGAGGCUUUUUCUCUUAACAUGUCUACUUUGUUGCAGGUGGAGGGAGCAUGAGGUCUGUUUUAUUGCUGAUUUGUGGUUGAUAGACAUUUUCAGAUAGCAGAGAGAGAGGGAGGUUGACUGACACACAGUGGUUUGAUAAGCAGGGUUUAGGCGUGGAGUUUAGUCUAGUCGAUGACUGGUAGGUGGGCAGCCCUGACCCCAAGCAGCUCUACGUCUUGUGCCUGCUCUUGCUGUCCUGGGCACAUAAACACAUAGAGGACACAGAGGAGGAGAAGGAGGAGGAGGAGGAGGAGCAGGGUCAACCAUGGAGCUGUAGGGACACGCUCAGAUGCCCGUGCGGAUCACCAGUGGAGGAGGAGUGCCGCUGAGGAGAAGAGCUCUGCAAUGAACAAGACCAAGAGGAAGCCCAAUGUGGAGAGCCCUGGUGGGCUGAAGAGCAGGAAGCUGGUGCAGCGGAGGAGGAAUACAUGUCCCAGUCCUCAGGACAUCAGCCGGGCUCUGCAGAGCCCCAGCUCUGCUCCCAGCGCCAGUGCUGCCAGCCUGGAUGAGCUCAUACAACGCUGCCUAAACUGCUUCGAUUCAGAGGGGAAGCUUUCCAGCCCCAGAGGGUCCCAGCUGGUCCACAUGACCCUGAUGAUGCACAGUUGGGUCGUGCCAUCUCAGAUGUUCGCCCAGAAACUUCUCACCCUUUAUAAGGAUUGUCCCUUGGACAAGAGAGGACUGAGGCGGACACAGAUCUGCCACCUUAUCAGACAGUGGAUGAGCCAGUUUCCGGCGGUAUUCGAGGCAGACCCCCUCCUUGAGCAGACCAUGGGGGACCUGUGGGCGCUGGUCCGGUCAGACGGAAAGGAAAUGCACUCGCAGCUCAUGGACACCUCCUGCUUAAGCCCUCAUGUGAACAUAUUCCAGGCGCCCUCACCCUCUGUGAAGAAGAGGAAGGUGUCUUUGAUCUUCGACCACAUGGAGCCAGAUGAGAUGGCUGAGCACCUCAGCUACCUGGAGUUCAAGAACUUCUGUAACGUUUCAUUCCUGGACUACCGCAGCUACGUGGUGCGAGGCUCAGUGAGGGACAACCCUGCUCUGGAGCGAUCGGUCAUGAUGUGUAAUGGAGUCUCCCAGUGGGUCCAGCUGAUGAUCCUCAGCAGACAUACAGCCCAGCAGAGAGCCCAGGUCUUCACUAAGUUCAUUCAUGUGGCUCAGAAACUUCGAGCACUGCAAAACUUUAACACUCUAAUGGCAGUGACUGGAGGCCUUUGUCACAGCUCCAUCUCCCGCCUUAAAGACACAUCUAACCUGCUGCCUCCUGACAUCACUAAGGCCCUGAGUGAAAUGACAGAGCUGCUCUCCUCUCGCAGCAACUACAGCAACUACCGGCGGGUUUACAACGAGUGCAGCGGCUUCAAGGUGCCCAUCCUGGGCGUCCACCUGAAGGAUCUGAUCUCGCUGAAUGAGGCCCUGCCGGACUACAUCGACGAGGACAAGAUCAACCUGAGCAAACUGCAGCACCUGUACAGCAACAUCAACGACCUGCUGGCCAUUCACAACUGCAAACCGCCCUUCGAGGCCAACAAAGACCUUCUGCAUCUGCUCACGCUCUCUCUAGAUUUAUACUACACUGAGGAUGAGAUAUAUGAACUUUCAUACACCAAGGAACCCAAGAACUCCAAGAUCCAGCCUGUAGCUCCAGUUAAACCGCCUGUAGUGGCAGAGUGGGGCUCAGGGGUCACCCCCAGGCUCGACCCUGACACCAUAUCUAAACAUGUCAAACAGAUGGUGGAUUCCAUAAUGAAAAAUUACGACCAGAACCAGGAUGGUUACAUUUCACUGGAUGACUUUGAGAAAAUAGCAGCCAACUUCCCCUUCUCCUUCUGCACUCACGAAACUGACAGGGAGGGACAAAUCAGCCAUGAAGACAUCACCUCUUACUUCAUGAGGGGAAUGUCUAUAUGUGCCAAGCUGGGCUACAACUUCAAUGACGCGCACAACUUCCACGAAACCACGUAUAAACGGCCAACGUUUUGUGAAACUUGUGGAGGCUUUCUGUGGGGAGUCAUCAAACAGGGCUACCACUGUAAAGACUGUGGGAUAAACUGCCACAGACACUGUAGAGAUCUGGUGGGGAAAGAGUGCUUGAAGAAACAUAAAAACACAACUGGGUCCUGCCCAUGCACCCCUGCCCCCGACUCAAGAACCAAGGGCAACAGCUGGAGUUCAGAGGAGGAGGCCUUUAUUUUCCCCCAAAGUAACGAGACAGAACACAACAAGGGCACCUCUGUUUGGAAAAAUAACACCGGUGAUUCGACGCUGUCGGACCGCUCCACUCAGACAGAUCCUGGAGUGUGGACACCUGAGAAAAAGGACAAGAGGGGAAACCACCACAACUCUCUUGUUGCGUCUCCAGAUAAAAAGGUCAACACACUGCCACAGAGAACCCGAGGCUGCUCCAUGCCUGUUUCCUUCUUGCAGGAGAAGAUGGAGGAGCUGCAUCUCUACAAAGACAAGAGCAGAGAGCCAGAUUGAGCACUCCCAUCUUCUAACAUUUCCCCUCAUGGACAAAACAUCCAGACACCAUCACGUUGAAGACAGAGCUGUGUCUGACUGGUGUUGAACUGAUGAGAUGUACUGGCCAUUCACAUCAGAAUGCCAGAAAUUAUACAUGGACUCCCUCAUGUUUCAAGUAUGGAUGUGACAUGUUUUUAUUAUUUUAUUUUUGUCUUAUUAGUUUGGCUUAUUGUUUAGGCUUCAAACAUCAAUUUUCCUACUGUAAUUUAUAAACACCUCAUUUGGUUUUUAGAAGAUGCCUUGGUUCUUUGGUGCUUUGAUUCUACACAACCUCAAUCCAUAAGGUCAUUUAUGACAAUAGACACAAGGGUUUCCUGAUCCUAUAUACACAUAAUAAAUACAGGGCAGGAAAUUAACACUAACCUCAACAAAAGUCUGGUCAAUUUAAACUUUGGCAGCUAUAUGACAACUCUGCACAUGAAUUUGUAAAGUAAGCCGCCAAAAAUUUUAGAACUGCCAUUUGUUUGGCUUUGGGUUGGGUGAAAUGAUAUACAGUAUAUACCAUGAGACAAUUUGUCGUUUGUCAACCAGUAGAUAUUGCUAUACCGUUUAUGAUCACUGAAAUCACAAAUCACUGAAGCCAUUUCUUUAUGGCAAUAUUGGACUCACUGGAGUUUUGCUUGCGACUACCUUUGCAUUUCCAUCUGGUUAAUUUCUUAGUUACAUUUCCAGAAAAUGUUCAUCAAAAUUUCUAUUGCUAUCACAAACAAUGUAAUAGUGAUAGAACACUUUGUCCAUAUCGCCCAUCCCGAGUUUGGUUGGUAAAUAGUGAAAGCAUCUUCGGAAGUUUUAUCCAUCAGCCACCACAACUAGCAGCAGAAAAAGUUUAUUUCCUGCCCUGACAACAUUUUUGACUUUCAAAAGUUCAUUCAAGGUUCAGCAGGACUGCACUGGAACUAUACAUAUGCCCCAAAAUUGGCAUAUUUUUUUAGCUAAAUGCGUGUUUGUUUUGUCCUUUUGUCCACGAUUUUAAUCUUGUUGAAAAUAAGAAAAAAUACACCAACAAUGAUAAAUCA